CAUGACAGUAGGUCUUAUGACAUGUGGGCGUGGCUCUCAUUCUUUACAGAUUUAUCAUCGCAGUUUCCAACAAAAAGGGAUGUGCGUGUGCGUGAGUGUGUGAGUGAGUGUGUGUGUGUGUGUGUGUGUGUGUGUUCUGUGUAUGUCUCUGUAUGUGUUCGAAACCAACCCCAGCUAAGUUUCCAGUUAAGACGGAUGUGUGCGGUGUGUGUUUUCUGAGUGUGUUCUGAGAAAACGAAACCUAGGGCAGACUCUCCGGCAUGUGUCCGGUGAAGCUGAAGAGAGAGGCGCAGAGUCCCGGUGUCCCCCGGGUAAGUGUGUCUGUGUUCGGGCGGAUCGCGGCUGUUCUGCGCGCGGUGACCGGACUCCUGCUGCGGCUCCUCCGGUGGAUCACGAGCGGUAAAGCCAUGAUAAGCGAGGAAGAGACGCCGGUGUUCUUUGACCUGGAGACCACCGGACUGGACACGUCCUGCUGUGAUAUCGUGCAGCUGUCGGCAGUCAGCGGCGAGCAGACGUUCAGUGUGUACCUGCUGCCACGCUGCUGCAUGACAGACGGAGCGUCUCGAGUGACCGGUCUCACGGUGGACGGGUCCACACUGAUGCUCCGACAGCGGCCCGUGCAGACCGUCCCACACCAGCAGGCCCUCACAGGAUUCAUACACUUCCUACAGAACAGGACCCUCGGCAGGCCAUUCCUGGUGGGCCACAACAGCCGGCGGUUCGACUGGCCCAUCCUGCGGCGUGUUCUGGAGGAGUUUGGGCUGCUGCAGGAGUUCGGGAGCUGUGUGUCGGAGUGUGUGGACACUCUGAGUCUGAGCCGAGAGAUGUUUAAUCUGCACAAAUACUCGCAGCCCUUCCUGGUCCAGCACUUUCUGCAGCAGGAGUACGGCGCUCACGACGCAGCUGAGGACGUGCGCACACUGCAGGAGCUCUACAGAGUGUGGAGACCCUCACUGGAGCUCAGGGAUAGUCACACGUUCAGACUACUGUGAGGAAACAUUAGUAUUAUUCUUCUUAUUAAAGUGAAACUGCAGAAAUCUUAAAGGGACAGUGCAUUCAAUAAUCACUUACUUUCCCCAUUUGUUUUUAAUUGGUAGCCAUUAGGUUUCUUAGUUUUCAUUUUGCUUGUAUGGUGGUGAAUGGGGACCGCUUUAAAACAUUUUUCAAAAUACCUUUUAUUUGUUGACAAGCAAGUGUAGGGAGAGCAAAUGAUGGUUGAGUUGUGAUUUCUGGGUGCACUGUGCCUUUAAAUUUAGUGCAACUUAAAGGGACAAUCGACAGAAAAACUCAUCAUUUACUCAUUAUUAUUUUUAAAAUAGUUUUUUGUCAACAUUAUAAUAAUAAUAUUAAUUCUUCAGAACAAGUGUAGCGAGAGUCAAUAAUGGCUAUGGUUUAUUUUUUGAGUGCACUGUCCCUUAAAAUGUAGCACAAUUUAAAGGUACAGUACAGCCAAAUAUCACUCACCUAAAGCAAUCAUUUAUUUAAAGCCGGUAACCAUUGACUUCAGUUGUAUCAGUAUUUUUCCUGCUGUGAUAGUGAGUGGUUACAGGUUUAUAAUAUUUUCGUAAAUACUUGGUUUGUCAAUAGAAUAAUCAAGUGUAGGGUGAGUAAAAUCACUCAUGUUAUAUUUAAGGGUGGACUGUCUCUUUAAGUUGCGCUGAAUUUAAAGCGACCCAAAAAUCCCUCACUCUCAAUUUGUUCCAAGUUGAUAGCCAUUACGUUUAGUUACUUUAGUUUAGUUACUCAAGUUGAACCACUUGAUGUUGAGGAAAUGUUUAUUUAUUGGUUUUUUAUGUGGGUGUACUGUCUCUUUAAGUUGUGCUAAAGUUAAAGAGACAGUACACCCAAAUCUCUCUCCAUAUUUUUACCGCGGUAGUGAAUGGUUAGUGAUUUCCAACAUUCUUCAAAAUAUCUUCUGUAGUGUUAAGUUGAAGAAAGUGACUGAAACAGGUUUAGAGUGAUGGAUGUUUGGGUGUACUGUCUCUUUAAGUUAAUUCUGCCUUGAAUUUUGCAUUUCCGCUUGAUUUAUGUAUUAAUUUUGUUAAUUUGCAGUAGAGUUAAAGGCGCAGUGCACAAUGAAAUCACUCUCUUUUGUUGAACAAUUUGGAAACUGGUAUGAAUAUAUGUUUUCCUAUAAUAAUAGUCAAUAUUUACCAGUUUCCAACAGUGUUCUGUAUUAUUUUCUUUUGUGUUGAGUUCAAUUGAAAAAGUCUUGAAUUUAGAAGAAAACAAAUACAGUAAAUGGUAAGGAAUGUUUAGGUGAACUGCCCCUUUAAGUUACUCAAACUUAAGACAGAAUCAGAAUUCAGUGAUUAUUUACUGACCCUCUGCGUAUUUAAACUCUGAGUUUGUUUCUUCACAAAUGAAGAUUUUUUUGUUGUAAUGUUGGAAACGGGUGUCUAUUGACUUCCACAGCAUUUAAUGGUUACUGGUUUUCCAGCAUUCUUCAGAAUAUCUUCUUUUGUGUUUAACUGAAGAAAUGUCCAUUUGUAAUUUUUGGGUGAACUGCCCCUUUAAAGAUUUGACCAUGGAAACAGAGGUACAGCGAGGACAGUAAUGUUUGAUAUUAAGUAAAUGUUUUGACAUCAGUAAAAUAAGGUUUAUAUUUUAUAGUAGUGCUGGUCAAAUUAUUGAACAAGUGUUUUAAUCAUGCAUUUGUAAAUACACACAUGCAUUUAUAUAUGAUACAGAUUAUAUAGAGAGAAUUAAAAAUGUACAUGUGUAUUUAUAUAUAUAUAUAUAUAUAUAUAUAUAUGUACAUGUAUAUAUAGAUAUGUGUGUAUAUAUAUAUAUAUAUAUAGACACAAUAAAUAUACGCAGUACAGGCUUGUAUUGGAUGUGAAUAAUUUGACAGCACUGUUUACAGAAUAUUUUUGUUUACAAACAGGAUUUCUCUUUCCUGUAUUACAUUUAGCAAAGAUAAUCUUGUAAUAUUUUGUGAACGCUGUUUCACUGAAAACACAUCAGGUGUGUUACAGUGUCAUGUUUACACUGAUUGUGUGAGUUGACUGAUUAAUAUAUUAUGAAAACUGAUUUUACAGAUGAAAACUGUUCAUUUAUUACUUAAUUUUGUGCUUUUUGAUCAUGUUUAGUUUUGCUUUCUCAGGUGUCAGGAUUAAUAGAACUCAUAUUUUCACUUCUGUACCGUCACAGGUUGACGUUCAGGUACUAUUAAAUAUGAACAUUUCAUUCUG